GACAGAUGGUUUGUGAUUUGUGUUUGUGUGCGAGUGUGACACCCUUUUUGAUUUUCUUGUUACAAUGGCAGAAAACUUAAACAGAAGACCAAAAAAGAGCAUAUUAAAAAAUUCCAGUAGUUUUGACAAACAAGAGGCGCAACUUUCGAUAAAGAAGGCAAAGGAGACGAAAUGGGACGAAAUGAAUAUAAUAGCUACGCUGCAUCCCCCGGACAAGGAUUACGGUCACAUGAAAAUCCAAGAGCCUAAAACCCCGUUCAGUUAUCUCGAUGCGGAUCAAUUAGACGGAGUUAAACCGGAAGAAUUAGCUGAAAGAAUGGCGAAAGCCUUGGACAAACCGCCGAAAGCCCUCGAACAAUCCGACGAGUCCGAGGAGGAGGAAGACGAUCUAACGGAAGAAGAGAAGCAAAGGAGGAAAGACUUUGAAAUGAAGAGGAAAAAACACUAUAACGAAUAUCACGCCCUGCAAAUGGCCAAGAAACUGAUGGAAGAAGAGGAGGACGACGAAGAGGAUGCGCGGGAUGCAGGACAAAGUUCUAGUAGUAAGAAAGAGUGAAUCAAGCGAAUUUUUUAGUAGUGGUAAAGAUAAAGGCAUGAAAAAGAAACCUAGAAACACAUUAGGCAAGAAAAAAAAAGCUCCUAGGAAAAAGUUAGUAAGAAAAACUAUACCGAAGAAAAAGCCUAAAAGAAGAAAGAUAUUAAGAAAAAAAAAGUAAUAUUGUAAUAAGAAUAUUGUGGAUUUGAAUUUUUCCAAAAUUUCAUAACUAGAAUUUCUGUUUUGUGGUUAUAACAUAAAAGUGAGCUUAUCAAUACCCACAUUUUCCUAGGGGAUGCUUCAAUUAAGACAAUAGCGAUUAAAAUACAAAGAUUUUCAAUAUUUUUGAAGGCAAAUUCAACAGUAUUUGGUUCUAGCAUUGUGAAAAAUUAAUAAAUUCAGAUGUGUUUAUUUAUUAUAAUGUUGUAAAAUAGUCGUAAAAGGUUGUUGAAUUAUUUGUUAUUUAAUGAGAAACUGUAGAAUAAUUUUUUUUAUAGAUUUUAAGUAAUAUGAAGAAAAUCUAAGUGUGUAUAUAUGUAAAGAUUAUUUGGC